AUGGGUUACUUGGCCCCAGAAUGCGUCACCACCGGCAAGGCGAGCAAGGAAUCCGACGUUUACAGCUUCGGAAUCAUUGCCUUAGAGAUCGCGUGCAGUAGAAGGCCGGUGGAACCGGCGGAGCAGCCGAAUAAGGUAAGACUAGUUGAGUGGGUGUGGGAUCUCUUCGGAAGGAGGGCGAUUCUGGAGGCAGCAUACGAGAAGCUCCAUGGCAACUUCGACGAAGAACCAUGGGUGGCUCAUGGUUGUAGGGCUGUGGUGUGCUCAUCCGGAUUGGAGUCUGCGGCCAUCGAUGAAGCAGGCAAUCUUGAGACGCCUUUGCCACAGCUUCCUCCCAAGAUGCCGGUGGCGAUGUACUGCAUGCCUUCCGCAGACGAGAUUCAAUCUUUGGACACAUCGUUAGAAGUGAAAUGA